AUGUCUCACGGAGGCAAAGGUGGAGAGGACAAGACGCUCACGCUUGCCCCUGGGGAAUACGUCACGUCAAUGGAGGCUCAUUGGGGCAAGAAAGAUGACCACACGCGCGUAUUCUACCUCAACUUCGAGACGAACAAGGGUAACUCGAUCUCUGGAGGCACGACAACAGACGACAACGCAGUAGCUAAAGCUCCCGACGGGUUUCAACUCGCUGGGUUUUACGGCCGCGCGGAGGACGGGGUUGAUCAACUGGGGGCUAUUUGGACGAGGAUUUCCGCUAAGGAUCUAGAGCUCACGGACGAGGAGGACAGCUCUGGCUCCGGUGUCAUGUACGGAACUACCAUCCGCAACUGGGUGGGACCCACCAUCGGAACGUCCUCUGAUACAGCCUGCUAUCGUAAGUCGGUGGACUUCGACAGCAAGAACAUUUGCCCGCUAGGAUACGGCAAGGAGGACACCAACUGCCAGGCUCAGUGUCCGCUGGCAUACCCGGUACAGUGCUCCUUGGAGUGCAUCCCUCAGAACGAUGACUGCGUGCUUGAAGCGCUCUCGAAGAUCGGAUCCGUCGUCACUGUGGCGCUCAACGCCGCCACUGGAGGCGUCUUUGGAGAGAUCUACGCGACGUACAAGACGGCCAAGUGGGCUGUCACCUGCGCCGCCAACAUUGUCACAGUAGUCCGCGGUUUAAUCUACUACCUCCGCUACCGACAGACCUCAGCGCCGCAAGGAGACACGGCCGAGCUACUCACUGCUGCGUAUCAGACGGAUGUCGUGGUCUACGAUCUACCCGUCGCAGUGUGCACGUGUCUGGGUCUUCCGGUCCCGAAGAACGCCAAGUUUGCCGACACUGUGCUUGUUAUCGUCGAGGGUAUCGUGAAGCAAGCCACCACCAACGGAGAGGAGAUCGUCUCGACUGGAGAGAACGUGCUCAAGUUGCUCACUGGUACUGGAGCACUCAACGGCACGUCGGACACGACGGUGGACGACCUCCAGGACUUGAUCAGCAAGAACUCGAGCUGCGGCUACGAGCUCAAGCGCCUCACCCACCACGUCGUGCGUGCAGUCAACGACGUCCGAAACUCGACUCCAGACGCCUCUGCUGAUGACGUCCGCGUGAGCGUCUACAAGUCUUCGAUCGUGAUGAACGACAUCCCCACCGUGACGAAUAUGUGCAUGGGGGAACUGCUAGACAACAAGACACUGACAGCCGCGUUCGAGACGCGUGAUAUGCUGCGGAAGACGUUCGGCGUGAUCGUCGACCAGCUCAUUGAUACCGGCACGACCGACAUGGGCAAGAAUGUGGCGAAAGACGACUACAUGCUCAAGGUGGCGAAUAUGGGUCUUUUCGUGCAGCCGAUCUGCGGCCCGACUGCGUAUCUGGGCGAGAUCGACGACGGGCGACUGUCCGAUGCUCUGGGGUUGUCAACAGUGGACGAAGCGUUCAUCGGCAGCUACGGCACGUGGACCAAGAAGGGCGACGGCGUGGUUCACCUCAUCUUUGAUAGCGUGGAUAUCUACGACGUCAAGGUGGUCAUUCAUUCGGGUGGAGACAAAUAUGCCGAGGUGAAGGUGGGCGCGGGGGAGACGGUGACCUGGGACGCCACGAUCCCGGAGUUGCAGGACAAGACGCUGUACUUGGAUCGGUGGCGGCCUGGAAUUCUAGGGCUGCCUGGUUCUGGCGGUGGUUCGUUGUUGCUGUGGGUCCCGAGGUCGUCGGAGGGAGGACACCUUGAGAUGCACGUGCGCAUCAACCCGAGCUAG